CACAGCUCCAGUCAUGGCUGAGACCGCGAAGCUCCAGCUGUUUGUCAAGGCGAGCGAGGACGGCGAGAGCGUGGGACACUGCCCGUCCUGCCAGAGGCUCUUCAUGAUCCUGCUCCUCAAGGGCGUGCCCUUCACCCUCACCACCGUGGACACGCGCAGGUCCCUGGACGUGCUGAAGGACUUCGCCCCCGGCUCGCAGCUGCCGAUCCUGCUCUAUGACGGCGAGGCCAAGACAGACACGCUGCAGAUUGAGGACUUUCUAGAGGAGACCCUGGGGCCCCCCGAGUUCCCCAGCCUGGCGCCCCACUACAGGGAGUCCACCACCGCGGGCAACGACGUCUUUCACAAGUUCUCCUCGUUCAUCAAGAACCCAGUGCCCGCGCAGGACGAUGCCCUGUACCAGCUGCUGCUGCGGGCGCUCACCAGGCUGGAGAGCUACCUGCGCGCGCCCCUGGAGCACGAACUGGCCCGGGACCCACAGCUGCGUGAGUCGCGCCGCCGCUUCUUGGACGGUGACCAGCUCACACUGCCCGACUGCAGCCUGCUGCCCAAGCUGCACAUCGUGGACACGGUGUGCGCGCACUUCCGCCAGGCGCCCAUCCCCGAGGAGCUGCGCCGCGUCCGCCGCUACCUGGACAGCGCGCUACAGGAGAAGGAGUUCAAGUACACGUGUCCGCAUAGCUCUGAGAUCCUGGCGGCCUACCGGCCCGUCGUGCACCCCCGCUAGCACCC